AUGUCGGAGUCAUCGGCCUUUCCACCACAUCAACCACCUCAUCUGCCGCCAGUGCAACAGUUCGCCACACAGUCGCCAUACCAUGCUUCGACUUAUGGAUCUGUACCUGUGACGCCUGUCAAUGCAUUUGCGCCACUGCGCCCACCACUUACAACCAGUGCCAGCCAGUCACCAGCUCAGGAUUCAAGGCCGUACACACCUGAUGGUGAACGUACGAAACCAAAGCAAAAGCGUAACAAGCCUACGCUGAGCUGUGAAGAAUGUGUUGAGCGCAAAACCAAGGUUGGUGCUCUUCCCCAAAAGGACAACGGAAUUGAUAAGCAAAGGCAUAUGGUGAAGCCAUCACCAGCCAAGAUCAGGAAACUAAAUGGCUCAUUCGAUGGCUCCUCGUCUUCUCCAACGAGUGCUUCCGGCAUGAAGCAAGUAAGGACUGAUCUGUUCUCAAAGUUCCAUCAUCGCUCACCUCGUGAAACUUCUGUCGGCUUUGGGUCACCUUUCCUGCAAUCACAGGUUCCCUUCUCUAAACAAACACCAUCCAACAUCUUUGGUAUCGGAUCUUCUCACCCGUUCACGAACUACUGGACAUGUCAAGGCGGUCUGCCUGAGGUCCUCGCAGUGUUGCCAAGCAAGCAGCAGGCUGAUAUUCUGAUUGCCAAAUAUUUUGAGUGUGUGGCCCCUGUAUACCCUUUCCUGCAUCGACGAACCUUUUACGUGGCAUACGAGCGAUUCUGGGCCUUGCCGGAAGGAGAACGCGAAAAUGCCGAUGCUGAUUUGAUUGCUUUGCACUUCGCGUUAUAUGCUAUGGGCACUCAAUUCAUGGAUCUCGCAAGUUAUGAUGCGAAGAGUUCGACCUCUGCUGCCAACCAGGCACUUCGCAUCUACUCCUAUCUGAACAGAUCAUCGCUCAGAGCUCUUGGUGCUCAGAUUCUGCUAUGUUACUUUUUGAUGAACGACAAUCAUGCAUCAGAUGCGUAUGCUUGGUCCGGUAUCAUUGUGCGACAGGCCUAUGCAUUGCGAAUCCAUCGCGACCCUGACAUUAUUCUCCCAAACAUCUCACCUGUAGAAAAACAUACCCGAAGAAGGUUCUGGCAGGCCGUCCUUCAUCAGGACACGUUCCUCACUGUGCUACUCAAGCUGCCACCAACAGCCACUCACAGCGACGUGUCAAUCGACUCUUUGACUAACGAGACAGAGGUUGAAGCUCAAGACUCGACGAGGUACACAGGCAGCAGUGCUCGCAUCGAGAACCUUAUGAGCAUCAGCGUAAUUGCACCUCCUCAAGACCUGCCCAAGCAGCCUGAACCACCCAUACUACCACAUCAGAGAAUUACCGAAGACGUCGACAAAGCAGAUGUAUUGUACGUCAAAUCGUUGUGGCGAUUGGCACUCAAAGUCCAGGAGAAUCUCUGCUCUCCAGUCUCUCUGUCUAUCCCUAUAGCUAAAAACCCUCGAGCAAAGACAACCCUGGUCAACUCUUUCCGUGAGAUUUGGAAAUCUGCACCUUCCUUCCUCACAACCUCGGACUACGAGACUCUGCGUCAGAUGGCUCAGAAUAGCGGUCGCGCGGUUCGCCAAAAUCUAUUCUUCACAAGCAACUACUACCACUGCCUGAUGAUCAUUCAAGCCUUCGAAGACGCAGAGGUCGGUGUGGAACUCAACUUCCGCGGCGCAUUGGAAGCAGCCCAUGAGGCAAUCUGGGCCUACUUCAAGCUCAAUGACUUUUUCGAAGCAAACGAAGCAAAUUCAAAAGACCAGCUUUACACAAAGUGCAAGGAAGCCGUGCGUCGCAUGAUCGAUCUCCUGCAGCGACAAGGAGGAUCUCAAGAGAUGAACAAGCACAGACAUGGAGCAUUGCUUGCCGCUUACGAGCAUGUUGCCAUCUGA